CCCAGGCCGGCGCGGGCAGUGCAGGAUUCGCGACACCAGGAGGCCGGCGACGCACCGUCCGGAGCGCCAGGUCUCAGCAGCUGGGGUCUCCCCUCAGCCUUUGAACUAUCAUGUCCCAUCCCAGUGCCCCUCCUCCAUAUGAGGACCGCAGCCCCCUGUACCCUGGUUCUCUGCCCCCAGGGGGCUACGGGCAGCCAUCUGUUGUGCCCGGGGGGUACCCUGCCUACCCACAGCCUGGCUACGGUCACCCUGCUGGCUACCCACAGCCUAUGCCCCCAGUCCACCCGACGGCCAUGAACUAUGGCCCUGGCUAUGAUGGCGGGGAGAGAGCAGUGAGUGACAAUUUUGGAUCUGGAGACUGGGAUGACAGGAAAGUCCGACACACCUUCAUCCGAAAGGUUUACACCAUCAUCUCCAUCCAGCUGCUCAUCACGGUGGCCAUCAUCGCUGUUUUCACCUUCGUGAAGCCGGUCGGUGACUUCGUGAGGGCAAACAUGGGCAUCUACUACGCAUCCUAUGCUGUCUUCCUGGUCACAUACCUGACCCUUAUCUGCUGCCAGGCACCCAGACGCCGUUUCCCAUGGAACAUCAUCCUGCUGACCCUCCUUACUCUUGCCAUGGGCUACAUGACCGGCACCAUCUCCAGUGUGUAUAACACCAGAGCCGUCAUCAUCGCAGUGAUCAUUACUGCUGUGGUGUCCAUUUCAGUCACCAUCUUCUGCUUCCAGACCAAGGUGGACUUUACCUCGUGCACAGGCCUCUUCUGUGUCCUGGGAAUAGUGAUGAUGGUGACUGGGAUUAUCACUGCCAUCGUGCUGGCCUUCAAAUACGUUUACUGGCUGCACAUGGUCUAUGCUGCUCUGGGGGCCAUUUGCUUCACUUUGUUCCUGGCCUAUGACACACAGCUGGUCCUAGGGAACCGGAAGCACACCAUCAGCCCAGAGGAGUACAUCACCGGCGCCCUGCAGAUCUACACAGAUAUCGUCUACAUCUUCACCUUUGUGUUGCAGCUCGUGGGGAGUCGCGAUUAAGGAGCACUUCCGGGGCUUUCCCUUCCCUAGGGGGCUGGGCCCUGUGACCCCGGUCUGGGCCUACACCCAUUUCCUUCUCAAGUAAUACGCCCAUUUUUCUUUCUGUCCAGGGAUGGGCAGCCUCUCUCGCAUUGGAUGUAUAGGUAUCUGAUGGGGCUGGAGGAACUAGGGACUAACUCUUGCCCUUAGUGGACAGAGCUGGGCCAAAGAUGUGUGUUUUCCCUCCACCCCACUACAGGGCACCAAAGCCUUAAGAGCUGGGGUUGGAGUGGGGUGAAAAGAGCCUGUUCUGUAGCUCAAAGGGAACAUGAGAAGGAGAAGGGACUUCCUGGUGUUUCCCCUCCCACUCCUGCCAUGGGCUUCUGGGCAUGACAGCUGGAAAAUUUUUCCUCUCUCAAUCCCAACAAAGCCAGAGAGCUGUCCCCUGCCUCCUGGACUCAUAUCUUGUACUUUUUUGGCAAGCCUUGGCACCUUUCAACACAGGAAGGUAGAGGGGGUUUGUCUCCCCUGCUUCAACCCCUUCUUUUGAUAGCAUUUAUAUAAUGAUCUUCGGGGUUAGGGGUGGGGAGGAAGAGGAGAGUGAGCAAAGUCAAGCACCGAGGCCAGCUGAGAGCAGCAUCUGUCCAGGGCUUCCUCAGGGCUUGUGUGGUAGAGAGCAGGCCCCCUGGCAGUCAUCUGGUUCUCCGAAGCUGCCUGGGGCUUCUCUGGUACUUCUGAGAUCUCUAUAGUCAGUGGGACCACUUGCUUCUUGUGCUCAGGCUUCUCAGAGCAAAAAGUGAGGGCAGAAGUCAGGAGAUUGUGUGGUGUGUAGGAUCACUGUGGCCAGGAAGUAACCAGGGUGAAGACAGCCUAGAAUGUGGGCAGGGUCCCCCAUCCUGUCUUGAGAGAUAUGGAAGCCUACGUGGUACCCAAGGGGCUUCCCUUCUGCUAAGGGGAGGGCCCUGAGAGGAAGGAGAAGCCCCUCUCAGUCUGUGAACUCACGCCAGGGGAUUUAAGAUGCCCCAUCUCUCCAGCCAACUACCGCUUUCUUCAUGACACCAAGUGCCUCAAGCUGGAAUGGGGAAAGGGGACAAGGGUCACUCUAUGGGGUGGGGGUGGAAACCAAAUCAGCCCAAGGAUAUAUUUAGGACUUCUUUAUUAAGUAUGUGGUCCUAAAUAUAUCCCACAAAGGAACGUAACUAGAAAUAAAGUUUUAUGUUUAGAAGGUAAA